UGUUUGCGACACCUGAAUAUUCGUUUAGCUGCUUGGUCCUUUUGUUUCCAAACCGGUAUUGCGAGAAACUGGAUAGUGGAUGGUUACAUCAAAGCGUACUGUUCAUUGCUUGCAUGGUGAGAGCUUACUUACUCGUUGUCAUUUCUCGGAAAGCAAUGUAUAAGAACUUAGUCGUACUUAUCACGUAUUGUGUUAUUUAUAACGAUAUAUCAGGCCCGAUAAAUGACUGUAGCUCGAAAUUAUUGUACAUAAAAAUACUUUUGUGGUCGUUAUUUAAUGAAGUUAUUUGUAAUAAUAUGGAUUUAUCUGUAAUUUCGGUUUCAGUCUCGCUAACUUAUCAUACAAUACGCAUUGUAAAAAUAAAGCAUGUCGUUAUAAUACUUUUUUACAAUGGAUAUUACAAGUCAUCCGAACAGAUAUUCGUAGCUUUAAAUUACAAAGUUACAAUUAUUCAGGUAUUUAGUCAUAGCUUAAGUAUAAUAUCAAGAGAAGCUUACGUAAUAUUUACAAUUAAUAUAAAACCUAAACUGCAGCAGUGUUAAUUAGUGUUUACUAUCAGAAUGUCCGUGGGUUACGGACAAAAACUACUGGUUUCUUUAAAGCUAUUUUGAAACAUGACUAUGACGUUAUAUGUUUGAGCGAAACUUGGCUACUGCCGGGAAUUAGCGACGCUGAAUUAUUUGACUCUCGCUAUAACGUGUACCGUACAGAUCGAGAUUAUGAACGUUUAGGAAUGAAAAUGGGAGGCGGUACACUAAUCGCCAUACACCGUACUCUUACCACUAACAUUUCCAAUAUUCGUCCAUUACCAGUAUUUCCUGAUGCAGAAAUUACGCAAAUAAAUAUCUCAUUAUGUCGUGGCCCAGCUACUAAAGAUGUUCGUUUAUUUUGUUGCUACUUCCCACAAAAUGUACAUCAAGUAUGGUCUCAGAUGCAAUUCUUCGAACAUUUAUCAGACUUACAUGUUGAAAAUCCAACUGAUGUAUAUUUGGUGGUGGGUGACUUUAAUAUCAGGAAUGCCGAAUGGGAACCUAAUCCUGACGAUUUAAAUAAUUAUGUUAUUUUGAAUCCAGGUGUUGAUCAACUGACAACUCAAUUGUCUUCAUUUUUAUGCUUCACCGGAUGGUCGCAAUUUAACUGUAUAAGUAAUAUGAACAAUAGGUUUUUAGAUUUAGUCAUAUCCAGCUCAACUUGCUCAGUGUCAAGAUCGGAACCUUUAUCCCUCCCUGAAGAUAAUCAUCAUCCUGCUUUGAACGUAAAUAUCAAUGUGAACUAUUUGCAGCCUAGUCUAAGGCCUCCUCCUCGUCUUGUGCGUCGAUUUCAUACAGCCGAUUACAGUUCUAUUAAUAUUGAACUAGCAAAAACCGAUUGGGAUGCAUGCUUCAGCGGUAAAAGUGUGGAAGAAGCGGUGACUGAAUUUUAUACGAUAGUUAACUUGAUAAUUGAUAAAUUUAUCCCAUCUAGACUCGUUAUAAAUAGUUCUAGAUAUCCUAUAUGGUACUCGCGCCCUUUAAUAAAACUGGUAAAUAAAAAACUAAAAUUGCAUAAAAAAUGGAAGAUUUAUGGUAGACAAUGUGAUUAUAUUUUGUUUUCAGAACUGCGGCGUGAGUUUAAGAACUUAGAGGCAUCUUGUUAUAAUGCGUACAUUGAGCGUGCUGAAGCCAAUAUAUUAACUGCUAAUUCUAAAUGCUUUUGGUCGUUUGUAAAAUCGAAACAAAACAUUAAUAGCAUACCGGAUAGUCUAUACCUGGAUACUGAGAGUGCCCAAGAAGGGCAACGAAUAGCUGAUCUAUUCAAUAAGUUUUUUGAAUCAGUUUUUCAAAAACCAUCCGCCACGACGUUAAAUAUUGAUGCGCUCGUAUAUCCACAAGCUCUCAUUGGACAUGUAGAUUUAAAUCAUAAAACUGUCGAAAAAUAUUUAUCAGCCUUAAAUACGACCAAAGGCAGCGGUCCCGACGGCUUGCAUCCCUUAUUUAUUAAAAGAUGUAGCAAGCAACUAGCCAUUCCAUUGACUCUUUUGUUCCAAUUGUCACUGAGAUCUGGUAUUUUACCAAAAACUUGGAAACGUUCAAUUGUUGUACCUAUCCACAAAAAUGGAGAUAAGCAUAACAUACGUAAUUAUCGUGGCAUCUCCAAGCUGUCAGUUAUUCCUAAACUUUUCGAAAAGAUUAUUUACGAUGCAUUAUUCCCUGCAGUACGGCCAUUAUUAACACCUCUGCAACAUGGGUUUAUAAACAAAAGAUCAACAGAAACUAAUCUUUGCGAAUUACUUGAUGUGACUUUAGAUGCGAUGGACAAAGGUUUUCAGGUUGACGCCGUGUAUACCGAUUACUCUAAAGCUUUUGAUAAAAUUUCACACGAUAUCUUAAUCGUGAAGCUAGAAGCUAUUGAGUCAAGGAGGUGCGAGACCUGGGAGUUCAGCUGGAUAGUCAACUAUUAUUUGACUCACAUUUAA